UCUGACUUGGUGCCUACCCCCCCCCUAUCACCAAUUGUAGUCGGAUCCUUACAGACAAGGACACAGUGAGAAUCCAGACAUCUGCUGCUCAUAUGAAUCGUCUCACCUCUCCCUGAAAGCUGCCAUCAUGCUCUGGAAACUAGUGGAAAAUGUCAAGUAUGAAGAUAUCUACGAGGACCGCCAUGAUGGGGUGCCCAGUCACAGCUCCAGGCUGUCCCAGUUGGGAUCAGUCUCCCAAGGACCCUAUUCGAGUGCCCCACCGCUGUCUCAUACCCCCUCCUCGGACUUUCAGCCUCCCUACUUCCCCCCUCCAUACCAGCCACUUCCUUACCACCAAAGCCAAGACCCCUACUCUCAUGUCAACGACCCCUACUCGCUCAACCCCCUACACCAACCCCAGCAACACCCUUGGGGACAAAGGCAGAGGCAAGAUGUGGGCUCGGACAGUGGAUCCCUCUUGCCCCAGCCCAGGGCAUCUCUCCCCCAGCUUUCUGGACUGGAUCCCAGGCGGGACUACCACUCAGUCAGGAGACCAGAUGUUCUCCUACAUUCAACCCACCAUGGCCUGGACUCUGGGAUGGGGGACAGCCUGUCUCUGCAUGGGAUUGGACACCCAAGUAUGGAUGAUAUCCAGUCGGUGGAAGAUGCCAAUAAUGCCAUGAACCUGCUGGACCAGUCUGUCAUCAAAAAAGUGCCAGUCCCCCCCAAGUCCGUCACCUCCCUAAUGAUGAACAAGGACGGGUUCCUGGGCGGAAUCUCAGUAAAUGCCGGAGAGGUUUUCUGCUCGGUACCGGGGCGCCUGUCCCUGCUCAGCUCCACCUCCAAGUACAAAGUCACCGUGGGGGAGGUGCAGAGGCGCCUGUCCCCCCCCGAGUGUCUCAAUGCCUCCCUGCUGGGCGGGGUCCUGAGAAGAGCAAAAUCAAAAAACGGGGGUCGGUCUCUGAGGGAGAGGCUGGAAAAAAUCGGGUUGAAUUUGCCCGCAGGCCGGCGCAAGGCAGCCAAUGUCACUCUCCUGACCUCCCUAGUGGAAGGGGAAGCGGUACAUCUAGCCCGGGACUUUGGGUAUAUCUGUGAGACGGAGUUCCCCGCUAAGGCUGUAUCCGAAUACUUGAACCGGCAGCACACGGACCCCACUGACCUGCACUCCAGGAAAAACAUGCUGCUGGCUACAAAGCAACUUUGUAAAGAGUUCACAGAUCUUUUGGCCCAAGACAGGACGCCCAUAGGCAACAGUAGGCCCAGUCCAAUUUUGGAACCCGGAAUCCAGAGCUGCUUGACUCACUUCAGUCUCAUCACCCACGGCUUUGGUGCUCCAGCCAUAUGUGCCGCCCUUACGGCUCUUCAGAAUUACCUUACCGAGGCCCUCAAAGGAAUGGACAAGAUGUUUCUGAAUAACAACAGUGCCAACAGGCAUACCUCUGGGGAAGGACCAGGUAGUAAAAACGGAGAUAAGGAAGAGAAACACCGAAAAUGAAAGAAGCACAUACUUUUACCACCUUUCAUUUUAGCUUUAAAAAAAUAUUGGACUGGCUUUUGGGAAAUACAAACAAAUAUAUAUAAAUAUAUCAGAAAGAGCCCAAGAAUUGGUGAUCCAGCGCACGAAACAGGGGCUUGCCAUAAGAGGAACUGGAGAGUCUUCAUUGGACUUUUUCUUAGUAACGCCAUCAUUUUUAAGGGCAAAAAUAAAAAAAACAAACAAACAAACAAACAAACAGUUUUUAGAAUCUCCCCAAAUGGACAAUAUUUAUUGGAGGAUAACUGAAAAAAAAAGACUUUUUUUUUGUUUCAUUUUUAACAUUCCUUGGUUUCCUAAAAUGCACGUCCACUGGUACAUGUUUCCUUCAGAAUUAAAAAAAAAAAAUUGAAAAAGAAAAAAAAAUGAUGAGAAGAUACAUUUUUGGACCUUCAGAUAUGUGUGUGAGUCCGCCGGUAACUUGAACAUGUGUAACGUCUAACUCUGGACUUCAGUUGCGAGUCAGAUGGGAACAAUGGCUCAGAGAGGAUCUUUUGUCUUCUGUACAAGGCACAGGUGUCCCCUAUCCCCCCGGCUUUUUAUUCUUCAGUUCCAAUCAGACAUUUUAUUGUAAGAUAUGUGAUUUGAAUAUUCAUCAUAAAUAUUUACCAAGUGCAUUGUGCUUGGUUAAACCCA